AUGCAUAAGAAUACCAAACGGUGGUCAAAGACAGCCAUGGCGGUACAUGUCUUUGAUACGGGACAUAGAAUAAGUCCGGAGAAUGUGGAAGUUUCAAGACGGGGACUGCGAUUCACACUACAGCGGCUGAUUGCCGAGGCGGUGGAAAACACUAAACGUCACAGCGUGAAUAAAAUCGAUGGUCUGGAACUGGCGAGCUUACGUAAAACAGCUGGACGGAAAGCAAUGAAAUACCGGAAAUACCGAGACGAAGCUUCAUUCUUAAGUGAUUCGGUUGUCUCGCCACCCCCUGGGACUAAUGGGAACUGGAGCAAAUUGCUGAAAGCACUACUAAGAACGCAAACAGCGUACGCUGGAACUCCUCCAAGCGACAUAAGGACGCCCUUUUUGUCACUCUUUCGAAGGCACCUGUCCGACGAACGCCGAUUUGCAGUACCGACAUCCAUUUGGAAAGUACUGCGGUAG